AACUCCGUGACUGUUUCGGGCCUCUGCAGUUUUCGAUUUUAUGAAAAACCGCUGAAACUGUUCCCACCAAAACCAAUGGCGGCGGCGAUUUCUUCUCACCUCGCGUUCCGAUCAGAGAAACCCUCUCUCUCCUCUUCAUCUUCCUCUUUCUCCGGCCAGAGUAUCCGAUCGCCUCGAUGCUCCGCCAAGCUCACGGGCAUUUCCCGGCCUUCUCCGGCGAGCCUCCGACGAAUCUCGUGCCAGAGCUCCGUUGCUACUUCGCCUGCAUCAGUCGCCGACGGAACAGCAAAAUCUCAGCUGAAGGAUUUUCUGCACAUAAAUGAUUUUGACAAAUCCACUAUUCUGAAGAUCUUAGACCGAGCUGCGGAGGUCAAGGCACUUCUCAAAUCAGGAGACAGGUCAUUUCAACCUUUUAAGGGCAAGACAAUGGCUAUGAUCUUUGCAAAGCCUUCCAUGAGAACCCGUGUCUCAUUCGAGACUGGGUUUUUCUUGCUAGGAGGUCAUGCCAUAUACUUGGGACCUGAUGACAUUCAGAUGGGUAAGCGGGAGGAAACUCGAGAUGUUGCACGUGUUCUGUCUCGCUAUAAUGACAUUAUUAUGGCGCGCGUCUUUGCUCAUCAGGAUAUCCUUGAUUUGGCUAAAUUUUCAACUGUACCUGUUGUCAAUGGCUUGACAGACUACAACCAUCCCUGUCAAAUUAUGGCUGAUGUCCUCACUAUCAUUGAACACAUUGGCCAGAUAGAAGGAACUAAGGUUGUCUAUGUCGGAGAUGGAAACAACGUUGUCCACUCCUGGUUGUUGAUGGCUGCUGUUAUUCCUUUCCACUUCGUUUGUGCAUGUCCCAAAGGUUUUGAACCAGAUAAGAAAACAGUUGAGAAGGCGCAGCAGGCGGGUAUCAGCAAGAUUGAGAUUACAAACGAUCCAAAGGAAGCGGUCAAAGGAGCCGAUGUUGUGUACUCAGAUGUGUGGGCUAGCAUGGGGCAAAAGGAGGAGGCUGAUUCUCGCCGUAAAAUUUUCCAAGGAUUUCAGGUUGAUGAAAAUCUAAUGAAGAUAGCAGGGCCGAAAGCCUAUUUCAUGCAUUGUUUACCAGCAGAAAGAGGAGUGGAAGUGACCGACGGAGUAGUUGAGGCUCCAAAUUCUAUUGUCUUUCCCCAAGCCGAGAAUCGAAUGCACGCGCAGAACGCUAUCAUGCUUCAUCUGCUCGGAGUUUGAUCAUAUAUGAUAUCCCUAGCAAUGAAACCGGAAACUGCCUUGGUGUACCGAGUUGUAUCGACAACAGUACAAGAACGUUUCAAGUUUAGAGACACUUUUUAGCCUAAAAUUAGGUGCAGAAUUGUGCUUUCGGAUCGGUACUUGUUUGCUUGUUAUCAUCUAUGGAGCAGAUCAAAUGCAAACUUAAUGCAUGAAGUUUUCGAGUCAAAA